AUGCUUGUUAGUGGAAAUUUGCGGAGCACAGUUCGAGCGGAGGCUGCGGGGGACGAGGGAGAAGCGGGGGAUGCGGGGAGUGGGGGAGUACAGUUUGCUCGAAGGCUGAGCGGAGGGACGUUACGAGCAGGGAAAGGAGGGGAGGGGCGAGAAGGGGGUGGUGGUGGUAACCCGUUGGCGAAAGGGACUGGGCUUCGCCUGCAAUUCGAUGUUUCGCUGCACAUCCGAACAGGGGACUGGAGCUUUGGGCUGCCCCAUUGCGGAGAUUCUGAUGCUGCCUGCCUGCUACAGCGCAGCCACGUGGCACAUGACGUGGCAUCCCUCUUCCUGCAGGCGUCCCAUUGGCUCUGCCUCUCCUCCCUGCUCCAGCUGUUCCGCUUCCGCAAAUGGGCGGCAGAGUUGCGGGCGGCAGACAUGCGAGCGGCAAGCAUGGGUGUGGAAGAUGAGCGGGUGGCGAAGAAGGUGGACAGGCGGUGGGCUUUAUUGGCAGCUAGUGAGGAGUGGGUGGCAAAGACUGAGGCUUCACUGUCACUUGGCACACGGGUGGCGAAGCAGGUGAGAGGGGAGAAGAGGAGGGAAGAGGACGGGAGAGGAGGGCAAAGGGGCAGAGAGGAGAUGAGAGGAGGGAAAUGCUGUAGUGGCGGGGAAAUGAGAGUGGGUGGCAAAGACUGA